AUGAGCCUAAGCAACCAUGAACAGUGGCACACCCGAGAAUACCAUCGAUGCAUGUACCUGCGUGCUUUGGACAGGUGCGAUGAGCGACCUGAAGACCCCAACUUGGUGUACGAACUCGUCUGGGCUUACUCUGAGGCAGAGGUGCACCCCAUACCCGUCGGGGGCACACCACUCGCAGUGUUCCCUCUGGACUGUUACAACCUUCUCCUCGACCUCCCAAACGGAGUGUUGUCGUCGUUACCGCGUGCUUCGCUGGCGGCUGCUAUUGGGUGGAACGGUGCACUGUUACAGAAGCUCUCCUUGGAGCGCCCACAACCGGUGGUGAUGUUCGAAGAGGGUAAUGGGGAGUCCGAGGCACGGAUGGUGGUGUACUUCGGGAACAAUCGCUUUUACAGUUUUCGCACACCAUUGGAGGCCAUUGGAUUCCUGUUCGAGCAUUGGCACGUUGAGCCGAGCGCGGAUGACUGUGAUGGAGGUCACUUUGGUGUGCAACUCCUCCGGGCCAACCUCCAGUGGGAAUAUGAGCAGGUGGGUGAACAUGUGGACGGGAUCCGUCGAGGGUGGGAAUAUGUAGGGACCAAAAGUAGAAUAGAGAAAAUAUUACUUGCGAGAAAUCGAGGCAAUGACUAUGAGUUAGGGAGCGCCACAAAUCAUAAAUAG